AUGCUGGUCCACACGGCGUUCUCGAAGGCGUUGUGGAUCGAGAUAAAUUCGCCUCCGUCAUCACGACAAGUUGAGAUUAAUUUGGAUAAAUGGAAGAGUAUUCAAGUGAACGGUUGUGUCGAUUGUGAUUUCCUUGUCGAUUUCUCUUUUCGCGUGUGCAACGAGCUGCCGAAUGGACAAGAAGAACACUACACCGAUUUGAACAUUGUCAUCUGCAAAGAUCCAUAUCCUUUCACAAUCAACGGAAAACCACCAUUGAAUGCCCGUUGUGAAUGGCGAGCCUUAAUUGCUUAUCCGCUGUACACAAACACCUGGGAUAAUCUCUAUUCUUGCUCAUAUCGUCUAAACGGAGAGGAACGUCUCAUCGUGAGAGCUGUCACGCAAAACGUCUCUCAAAACGCUUUCGCCUUCUCAUUUCGUGUUCGGCAAUGGGUUAAUGAGUCGAUCCCAAUAUGGAAGGUCGAUUCGACGAUGAGUCCGAGGACGGGAUCCCGCUGUAUGAGAUCGGUAAUCUUUUCAACAUCCACCGUCAUCACUGUUUUCGGCAAUGACUACUGUAUUUUUGCGGCUCUUACUAUGCAAGCUGGCACGGAAUCCAUCCUCAAUCAUCUCCCAACUUAUCUUACAUCAUACAGUUAUCCAUGGCCUUUCGAUAAUCCAACUGAUUACCCACAAUGUCAACGGGCUCGAGCUGAUUUCUCGUCGUUAAUUACAAAAACCGAGCGCCGCAUCGCCAUUGAUGUGAUCAAAUUGGAAAACGGUACUCUGAAACUGUUUUAUGGCACAAAUCCAUCAAACGAAAAGGGAUUUUGCAUGAAUCCGAUAAUCGAAUCAAAAAGCAUCGAUCUCGUCGAUCAACAAACAGUCGCCGUCUCAGCGGAAUGCUUUCAUCUCGAGUUUUGUCCCCUUCAAAAUGGCACAAAAGAUCGUUUUGGCUUUGUGGUGAAGGCGAGUCGAGCGCCGGUCGAUCCGAAACUCGUCGAAUGCAAGCUGACCUACACGUUGAGCACCGAGAACCCACAAGUUCUCCUCCACGUCAGAAAUAUCUACUUCCAAGAGGAGCCGUUGCAUCAACUCAUCCCCAUACGAAAUCAACGG